AUGGCUUCACUUCUCGUUGCCCUCAUAGGUCCCCUGGUCCUUACCGGACUGGCACUACUGGUCACCUACCUAGUACUAGGACCCUCCAGAUAUGGCGGUCCCUCUUCAGGCAAAGGAGUGGUCGUCCACGUCCUCGUUCUCGGUGACAUUGGUCGAAGCCCACGCAUGACGUACCACGCCUUGAGCAUAGCCAAACACGGCGGCAAAGUGAACCUCAUCGGUUACCUAGGUAACCUGGUCUGCCGCCUCCGCUCCACUAAGCUCCUCAUCGACUGGCACAAUUACGGCUGGACCAUCCUCGCCUCCACGCGCGGCCCCCGUCACCCACUAGUCUACAUCGCCAAGCUCUACGAAUGUCUCUUCGGCCGACUAGGCGACCACAACCUAACCGUCACGCACGCCAUGGCGCGGCAGCUUCGCCAACCUCCCUACAGCAUCCAGGGCGCAAUGACGGCCGUGCACGACCGCCCCUCGGAGGUCUUCAAGCCGAUGUGGUGGGGUCAAGCGCGCCAGGACGUUCUCGAGCGCGUACUUCCCGAAGACCAAAAGGAACUGGUACCCAGCAUCAUGGCGGGUACGACCAAGUUGCUCGUCAGCAGCACGUCCUGGACGCCCGACGAGGAUUUCGGUAUCCUUCUCGACGCGCUGGUCGCGUACGCGGCUGACCUCGUUUCCGAGACAUGUCCCGUGUUGGCGGUGAUUACGGGCAAAGGGCCGCAGAAAGACCUGUACCUGCAGCAAAUUGAGGAACUCACCAAGAGCGGACAGCUGCCGAAUGUGCGGAUCGUCACGGCAUUCUUGCCGUUUGAGGACUACGCGAAGCUGUUGGCUUGUGCGGACUUGGGCGUGUGUUUGCAUAUGAGCAGCUCGGGCGUGGAUCUGCCGAUGAAGGUGGUGGAUAUGUUUGGCGCGGGAUUGCCGGUGGCGGCGUAUUGUGGGUAUGAGAGCUUCGGGGAGCUGGUGAAGGAAGGGGUGAAUGGGAGGGGGUUUGAGAGUUAUGGGGAGUUGGCCAUCAUCUUGAGGACGCUGUUGAGUCCGGAGGGGAGCGGAGAGUUGGAGGUGUUGAGGAAGGGGGCUGUUAGGGAGGGAAAGAGAAGGUGGGAUGAGGAAUGGGAUGAAAAGGUUGCGAAGAUUAUGGGAUUUGCGGCUUAG